UUCGCAAUUUGCUCUUCAAGCGAAAAGGAGGGUUUUUGCCCAAGAAUCAAUAUGGCCGAAUAACUCUCAAAAAUACUUUGCUGAGAUAGUUGAAGUAAACUUUUUAUCAUCGCAAUGAAACAUGAGCCGAAGUGUCAAGGACCUGAGAGAAUUAAUAUGCAUUUCUCGUCUGUCUGUCAGAUCAAGUGGAAGUGAUCAGGAAUCCGAUGAAAGUGGCCAGGACUACGAUGAAAGCCAUGAUAGGCGGCACACCGACCCAGCAUCACAACAACACGGUCAGGCAACGCUGUUUAAGGAAUUGACGAGUAAUAACAACGAAAUAUUGUCUACCAUCACCAGAAAUAAUUCUGAGAAGAAAAAUGUUGUCGCAUCAGUGAAAAGUCCAAGAUCUGCCAGAUCUAGCUCGAGCAGAGAAAUUGUUGUGGGUCGACCAAAGUCAGCUGUCGGCGGAGUAAGACGCCCACCAUCUUCCCUAAACUGUGAAUUACAUUCACCUUCAUCGACAGAAGGAUUCGAUAAAUUUGGCUCUAUGAAUCUAAAUAGAAAAAAUGUUUAUGAAGCCGCUAAUUGCAGGAAAAAGACUGACGAAGUAGAGGUGACAAGGGCUAAGAAAAUAGAGAAUAUGCUACAGUAUAUCGACGCAACUGUAGUGAGCAGAUUGCUUGAGAAUUGCAAUGUACAACUAAAAGAAAUAUCCAUGUGGCUGAGGACUGAACAAAACUUUGUCUCUCUUGCAAAUUUUCUCAUGACCAAAUUUCAUUACAAAAAAAGGAAAGAGCUUUUUGAAAUGGAAACUUCAUUUAUUCUCGAUGAGCUUCAUGUAGCAUUUGGUGUAGGAAUUCGUGAUAAAAAAGUGAAAAUUGUUCAUUUGAAUGAUUUACUAAAUGUGAUACUUAGAGAGUAUCCAUCAAAAAUGCUUGGUCGUAAGGGGCUUAUAUGGUUUGUUCGAACCAUUGAAACAUUUUGCUGUGGUAAAGAUGAAAGUUUUCGGCAACUUUUAAGUGAUGUGAGCUUAUCUACUCAAAACAAACAGCAUAUUCAGUGGUUGCUGGGAAUGAGGGCCUUCAGUCUUGUUAGUUUAGCAAACGGUGUUAUUUAUUUCUACAAAAAUCUAUGUCAGUUAGAAGAAAAAAGAGAAGAAGGUACAGCCAUGAAAACUCUUUCUUCAAUCAGUGAUCUAAAAGAAGCACGGCUUGAUGCUGCACUGGAGCAUGAUUAUCUUGAGGUUUUGGAGUACCUUUUGCAUGGUCUUGAUAAAAGCCAAGAGAUAAUGGAUAAAAUCAUUUUUAAAUCUGCCAUAUAUGGAAGUGAAAGGAUUCUUGCAGACUUUAUACAGAAGGCUUCAAAGGAGACAGAUUUAGAUAGAAUAUCAGAGACUGGCAGUACUGCUCUUCACAUUGCGGUAAAUAAUGAAAAAAUCAAGGUAGUUGAAUUGUUGCUUAAAAAAGGAGCUUCUGUGAAUACUCCAAAUUCUGAAGUUGAUGAUGCAACACCUUUACACAUGGCUGUUAUUACAGGUAAUGAAUCUAUUGUGAAAUUGCUGAUUGCCAAUGGUGCUGACAAAUCUGCAGUAAUGGGGAACUCACCUCCGAUUACCCCAGCAGAACUUGCAAAAGAAUUAGGCCAUUUAUCAUUGUUGCAACAUCUUGCAUAGAAGUUUUUUGUACAUUGUUUGUUUGUUUUGUGUAUUGUGUAGUAUAUCAUUAGGAUAAAGCCUUCAUGCACUGAUAGAAGAUACUGUAACAGGAUUUAUGUUUUGAUAAUUACUUGGUUUUUCUGUGAUUCAACCGCCAUUUAUGGUCCUUUGCAACAAAACCUGUCUUAUAUCAAAGGACCUGCUUUAUUAGAUUUUAUUGUAGAAAUAACUUCUCUAGGUGGAUAAUGAGCUUGUAAAAUUUGUGCUUUAUAACUAAAUGAAAAUUUGUAAAUUGAGUUUUAAAAUUUUUUCAAACUUUUGUUUUUGUACUUCUCUCAUUUCAAACUUUUUUGCAAAGUGAAUUGAUUCAGGGCAAAUAGAUCUGUAGGACAUAGGGGGUACUAUUAAUGAUGUUACCUUGUCUUCAUGACCAUGAGCGGGUUGGUGUGGAAAGUAAAGUAUUCUGACAAAGAAAUCUUUGAAGACAAAGUUAUCCCCACUUUAUUUAUGCCAUUUUGCCAAUAAGCUAUCUAGAUUUGAGGGCAUCACAUACUGCUGUCACCUCACCAAAUGUUUGAUACGCCCAUCUAUAUCUUGAUUACAUACGAAAGUUGGUCCAAUUAACCAUUUUCAUUGAUUAUCAAAAGAAUCACCAUGCUUUGGAAUAGGAUAUAUAGGCAGAUUAAAGUGUAACUUGUAGCUUUAAAUUUAGGAACACAGAUAAUGCUGCUUGAUCAAAGACCACAGUGGAUCUUGGAAGAUACUUUUCGAGCUUGGUAGAUUUAUUUUGGAAAGAUUUUGAUUAUUUCAAGAGCAAAUAAUCAGGCUGGAAUCAUAUAGAUUGUAAACUUGACCACCGAUAGAAUGUCAUUUUUAUUAUGAAAAUUCUUUCAUUUAUAUUUCAAUCUUAGAAUAUUUAAUCAAGGAUUGCAAAAUUUAGCCUUAUUUGUAUUCAUAUGACAACAUGUGCUUUCAGGGGCGAAACUACCGGGGGGGUGUGGGGGGGUGUGACACCCCCCCAAUCCAAAAAAUAGUCGAUUUCGCAGGGCAAUCGAAGAUUUCGCAGGGCGCCAAGAAGAGCUUUAUUGCCACGCAGAAAUGCCACCUCUGAAGUUCGUAAAGAGCCGUUUAGGAAUUUUGAAAUGGAAAUAUUGUAUUUGUUAUGAACCUCCCUUCCUGACAUUGCAUUUUAGAGAACGGAACAGGUAUGUAAGGAAAAGCUCCGUUAUUUGCAAAGCGAAAACAUUUCUUACCGAAAGUCAUAGCCAAUGGAUGCAAUGAUUGAUGCAUAUGUUUAUGAGGGCAAGGUUGAGUCAUGCAAAUUAAUUUAAGUUGUAAAUUAUUUUCAUGACAAGCGCGGCGUCACUGGGGGGAAUAGGGGGCUGAAGGCCUCCACUUUUGUCAAGAUAAGAAUUGUUUAUCAUUUUUUCUAUAACUUUUUAACAGUGUAUGAAAUAAAAAGAGAAUAAACGUUUUAGAUGCCGAUUUUGUUUGAUCUAAUUGCUAACUUAUUCACGUAUAUUUUUAUUAUUUUUCUUUUAUUUGCAUUAAUUCAGUAAAUCAUUUUCUGUAUCAUUGCAAUGUUUUAAUUUUGGAUGUGUAAAUAUGGCCUUCUUGAUACAAAAAACUGCACAUUUCUGUUCAGGAAAAAAAUUCUCCCAAUCAAAACAACAUCUUCCUCUGUCAUUCACAACUACGUGCAAUCUGAAACGAAAGGUUGUCGUUCCUUUCCUUCCCCAACGUCUAACACUAGAGUUUUAGCAUGACAUCCCCCUCCCUAUUUUUCCCAAUAAACAAUAAUAUUUUCAAUAAACAAUCAGUUCUUUUAGCGCAAUAAUAUUUUGCUAAAUUUUUGUCUGAAAGAUGCUUUUUAGCCCUUUUUACAAGGUAUAAUUUCAAAAAAUUUCUUCACGUCGGACCCAACCAUGGUGGGUCCUCCUACCUCACUAAACUCGACUCUUAGCCCCACUGGGUUAAAUUUCGUUGCGCUGUCUACAUCAUGUACCCCAC